ACCCGGCAAGGUACGGUACGGCAAUGAGAAAAAAAUAUUUUCGACGCAUAUGUGGAAUCAGUCAUCGGUCUUGAAAUUGAAAUAGUAAUGGAUUCCCAACACAGAGUGCAGAGAGUACAAAAGAUUGCAAUGACGAGGACUGUUUCUUCUAUAUCAUUAAUGUUCUCGGUUUUAGGGUGGCUCUUGUGUCUUCUUUUGACAGAAAUUCCGCGAGGAGCCGCUUUCGUUGUUACCAGCAGUUGUUCCUCGUCAAACGGUUGCGUCAACGGGGCAGAGUUGCAUCGCUUUUCGAAAUCUUUCGUUGUUCGAUCGGCGGCUGGCAGCGAUACCGAUGUUUCGGCCACCARCAGUGGCAAGGACGAUGGCRAUUCCGACAACGGUGGAUUUUUCUGGGACUUUCGAGGGCAUUCGUGCUACGCAGAAAUUGAUCGACCUGCGGUUUCCAUCGACCCCAACAACAAAGAAGGUCCGAAGAAACCCACUAUAAUUCUUGUGCACGGCUUCGCAUGUAGUACCGUUUACUGGCGAGAGACACGAGCCUGCCUGAUCAGAGAAGGAUACACGGUCCACUCGGUGGAUUUGCUGGGACAGGGCAAGUCAGCGAAGCCGGGGCGAGCCGACAACAUUCUUUACUCCAUUGAUUUGUGGGCACAAUUGGUCGACGAAUACGCGCGAAAGCAUGUUGCUCUUAGUGACGAUCACGACAAGAGCGGCAUCGUGUUGGUUGGAAAUUCGUUGGGAAGUCUCGUGGCUCUUUCGGCAGCCACCGGAGAUUGCUUUGUCCACGACAGAGCGAACCCGGGAACUGGGUACCUUGCUUCGAGAGUGRAGGGCAUAUGCAUGUUCAAUUGCGGAGUUGGACUGAACACAAAGAAUGUACUGAAGGUAGCGUCCAAUCCUGCAUGGCUCAAAUCAAUUCUCGGUGUUGUCUUCGGCUUGCUGGACAUACUCGUCUUUGGCAACAAGCUUUUGUUGUCCUAUGUCAUCGACAAUCAAGUGUCCAAAGACACUAUCCGCAACGCCCUAACGGCACUGUACUCUUUUGCCGACGAUCCCCAGAGCAGAGUCGAUGACGAAUUGGUCGAUUCGUUUAUCGAUCCGGUACUGAACGACUCUACGUCGGAUGUGGUGGAAGUCCUCAGCCAGAUYUAUACCAACGAUGCGGGCCGGACACCGAUCGAACUACACAACAAGUAUCUUUCGGACGGCGGCAAGAACGUGCCUAUCCAUUUGAUCUGGGGCGACAAGGACGUGGUGACACCGAUCGAAGGAGACGUCGGCGUGUUCUACACAGAGCUGGCAUCGAAUCCCGGCUCCGGUGUGUCGAUGCAAGUGAUCAACAACGCGGGCCACGUCCUGUUUGACGAACGGCCGGAAUGCAACGCGGGAUUGAUCGAAUGGCUCGACGAGAAGUUGUUGAAACAAAACUAACUAGAAGGAAUUGGUUUCUCUUUG